AUGAUCUUGCUCGAGGAAACGGGGUAUUACAGAAUUGGGGAAAUUGCCAAAGAGGCCCUGCUUGAUCUUGCUUCACAACCGGGGUCAGAUGUUGAUAAAGCUUCUGCUGUUGCUGAAGAAGAAUGUGUCGCUGGAGAUAUUCCCACAUCCAUGGAUGUUGAUGACUCUGAAAAAAUUCCUGAUGUUGGUCAGGAUGUUGAUCCAGAAGAAAGCACAGAUGUUAUUGAUGUUGACACCUUUGUCCCUGACAAGAAAAGCCGAAAACGUAAAGCUGGAGUGGCCUCUCUCAGGAGGUCCUCAAGGUCAAAAUCCACACGGGUGAUCCCUUCUACUCUAAAUCUUCCUAGCCGAGAAGACAGUGAUGUUGGUCCAACAUCACAGCCUCCUGUUCUCAAGCCAAAGGUUGAGCAUUCUCCCACCUCAAAGAGCGGAAAGGUAUCCUCUACCUCUCAUACUACCUCCCCUCGCAUCAGCUGCUCUGGAAGCUCCUCUGAAUCAGAGGUUGAGGUUAGUAAGUCAUACUCCACUCGUUUUUACACUCGUGAAGCAAAGAAUGCUCUCAAAGUGUUGGCUGCUAGGAAGUUUCAUAAUGAUAGACGUGCGGAUAAGGAUUUCUUUUCAAAGUAUAGGCUUGAUAUUCUCUUGCAAGAUAGGGGUAUGUGGGGUACGGUUGUAAAUGUUUUUCCCUAUGAUGCUGACAUUGUUAGGGAGUUCUAUGUUAAUCUGAUGACAGAAGCCUUUGACCCAAAAUCUGUCAAAUUUGGGAAAGUAUUUGUUAGGGGUAAGGUCUUUGAUUUCUCCCCAACUGCCAUUAACAAAGCAUGUUACACUGCGAAUACCAACACUGAUGAUGUUGAGGUUAAUGAUGAUGAGAUGACUAGGGAGUUGACUGGAGGGAAACUUAAGGCUUGGACCUCGAAGUUUGCUGCAUCCACUUUGUCUUGGAAAUAUUCUGUGCUUCACAAGAUUGCAGUUUACAACUGGAUUCCAAGCAAAAACACUACUGCUCUAACCAAGGAACAAGCUGAAUUUAUCUUUAAAGUUGGUAAGCUUCUGACUUUCAACUUUGGUGAGCAAGUGUUUGCUAACAUCUCUCGUGCAGCCUUUAAAUCCACAGGUGGAAGUAUGCUUCCCUUUCCAAGCCUCAUCUACAAUCUCUUGGUUCAGCAAAACCUUAAGGAGAGAGAGGAAAUUGUGCUUGUUGAAGAGAAGAAUCUACUUGAGUUUUCCAAAACCCUCCUCACUCCUGAUCGUGUCAAAGAUCUCCCCUACGAACCUCCACGUGCUGGUCCUACCUUGUCUCCUCAGCCUGAUGAUGAAGCUGACUCUGCUGAAGCUGAGAUUGACAUGUAUGGUGAAGACGAAGAUGUUGAUCGUGCGACUUCUCCUGAUGUUGCACUUGAUGUUUCCAACAUCAUUUCUGUCAAAGCACAUCUCACUAGAGAAACAUCCACAUCUCGUAAAGGCAAGGAACCAGCUGGAGAUUCAGAAGUUGAGAUUGAUCUUGAUGUUGCAUAG